AUGAAGAUUUCUACCCUCCUGGCCCAUACGGCCCCCCUGUUUGCCGCGUUGGCAGCAGCUCUUCCCGCUGGAGAGUCUGCUUUGGAGGAGAGACAAUCUGCCUCGUCCUGGUUUUUGCCCAACCUUGAUCACACCUCGGGUCCCGUCCGAGGCUAUGUCCCCAACUUGCCUACUUACGACUACCCCGUCUACAAGUCUGUCAAGUCUGGCGACUCUCAGGGUCUCAUCAACGCCAUUACUUCUGAUGGCCCUAGCGGCGCUCGCAACAACUGUUGGCUCGCCGGCCAGCCUCGUGUCAUUUACCUCGCUCCCGGCACAUACACUCUUUCGUCUACCCUGUUCAUGUACACUGACACCGUCAUUAUCGGUGACGCUUCCAACCCGCCCAUCAUCAAGGCCGCUUCCGGCUUCAAUGGUGACUAUCUGAUUGUUGGUGGCCAGGGUGAUGGCGACGCUCGCCCUUGCGGUGGCUUCGGCGGAGAGACCCAUUUCUCCAUCAUGAUCAAGAACGUUGUUCUUGACACCACUUCCAACACCGGCAAGAACAGCUUCACUGCUCUUAGCUGGGCCGUUGCUCAGAACUGCGCCCUGGUCAACGUGAAGAUCAACAUGCCCCAAGGUGCUCACACGGGUAUGGUGAUGAACGCUGGGUCGACCAUCUCUGCUUCUGAUGUUCACUUCACCUACGGUAACGUCGGCCUGCACUGGAAUGGCCACCAGCAGGGACAGCUCAAGGGCAUGUCUUUUGACAAGUGCACCACCGGUAUCCUGGUCGACGGCGGCAACACGAUCAGCAUUCUAGCCCCUUCGUGCGACACUGUCGGCAACUGUGUUGUACUCAACUCUGGAAACCCAUGGAUUGCCGUCAUUGACGGCCAAAACAUCAACUCCGGCGACUUCUUCACUAGCAGAGUGCAGUACCCUAACUUCAUGCUAGAGAACAUCUCCAACGACAACGGCAAUAUCAACCUCGUCACCGUUAAUGGUAACGCCAAGGUUGGCGGCAAGAACAGCCUCGGCACUUACAUCUACGGUAACACUCGUGGUACCAACCCCAUCUACCAGACCAACCCGACCGAGAAGGCUCCCAACCGGCCUGGCGCGCUGGCACCUGGUGGCAAGUAUCCCUCCAUGAGCGCCCCCCAGUAUGCGGAUAAGAAAAUCUCCGAUGUCAUCAACCUGAAGGAUGUCAACCAAAACGGCGGCUUCAACUUGCACGGUGACGGCAGCGUCGAUGACACUAAGGCUCUCCAGGGUGCUCUCAACACCGCUGCCAGUAAGGGAAAGAUCGCGUACCUUCCCUUUGGUGUUUACAAGGUUACCUCCACUAUCACCAUCCCUCCUGGCACUGAACUGUAUGGUGAGGCUUGGUCCACCAUUUCCGGCUCAGGAAAUGCUUUCGCUUCUGAAUCGAACCCUACCCCGGUUGUUCAGAUUGGCAGCACUCCUGGCCAGAAGGGUACUGCUCGUGUGCAGGAUAUUCGGUUCACCGUUCACGAGGCCCUUGCUGGAGCCAUUCUUCUCCGCAUCAACAUGGCUGGUAACAGUCCCGGCGAUGUUGCCGUCUUCAACUCCCUCAACACCAUUGGUGGCACCCGUGAUACCGACAUCAACUGCAGCAACGAGGGCAGCUGCAAAGCUGCCUACCUCGGCAUUCAUUUGGCGGCUGGCUCGUCUGCAUACAUUGACAACUUCUGGUCGUGGGUUGCUGACCACGCUGUCGAUGACAGCAACAAAGGCAUUCGUGCCGCCAUUAAGGGUGGUGUCCUCGUUGAGUCUACUGCUGGAACUUGGCUUGCUGGUGUCGGUUCCGAGCACAACUGGCUCUACCAGAUCGCUUACCACAACGCGGCCAAUGUCUUUGUUGGCAUGUUCCAGAGCGAGACCAACUACAACCAGGCCACCCACGGCGCUCCUCUCAACCCUCAGCCAUUUACCAUCACCAGCUCGGAUCCGGACUUUGCCUGGUGUAAUGGUGGUGACAGCACCUGCCGCAUGAGCCUUGGCCAGUUCUACACUGGUAGCAACAAGGCCAUCUAUCACUACGCUGCAGGCAGCUGGAACUUCAAGUCCCUGACUGGCGUUGACCAGGGCCUCAUGAACGUCAUCCACGACACUGUGAGCGAUGCCCAUCUUCACGGAUUCUGCGCUGGCCCCAAUGUCAACAAGAUCAUGCGCCUGCCGAAUGGUAGCCAGUUCGUCUUAAACAUAAAAUGCGGGCAUCGUGAUUCCAGCAAACAACUUUUGAUACACAAAAUAUCAUGA